GGAUGCCAUAUUGUUUAACAGAGGCUGGAAUUGGAAGGAAACAAGGAAUCACAAUAUGGAAAUGCUGAAUUUGAAGUUGCUGAGAAUUCUGAUUUUGUAUGAAGCAGUAAUUUGGUUUAAAUAUUCUUCUGAUCAUUCUUGUGUGAAUGCUGCCGAUUCCUGUGAAGCCUCUAGAGGGACUGUGGCCAGAGUCAACAAAUGUCCAGAAAAUGAAGCUGAGUGGAUAGAGGCAGCCCAAAGAAAGAAUUGUUCUUCCCUUGCUGGACUGUGUUCAGAGCCUGACAGAUUUGUAUAUCAUUGUGUAUUGAACUUCUUUCUUAAUGAAACUCUUGAAGUGUGUGCUUAUGGAAGGAGAAUUCUUCUAGGGAGAUGUACAGAGUAUAGCAUUCUAGGAAAUCUGAUCCAGGAGAGUGGUGUGGACUGCACAACAUUUCCAAAUCCCUGUCCUGUUAUAUAUCCAUCCAGUGAGGCAUACAAAUACCAGGGCUGCUUUAACUUAGUUCAGAGACCAACAACAAGUCAACCUUUAACAACAAGGCAUUUGUUCCCGACAACAACAGGAAUACACUUUGUUGGUAAAGAAUCAACAGAGGGAAUUCCAUGGACAACCUCAUCAGGAGACUCUUCCACUUUAGGCAACAUGACAGAGAGAUCAGGCAGUGAAGACUCAGUACCUGGUAUUGGUGUGGGAGUAGCAUUUGUGAUUCUGACAUUGUCAACAUAUGUUGCAUUUGUUUUGUUCUUCAUUUGGAAAAAAUGGAUAAAAAGAAAGCAUAAUCUCAAGGAAAUGGGUAUGUGUAUACAGUAA